AAACAUGUGUGUAAACGAAUAAAUGUGGUCUCUGCUCCCUCCAGCACGCCGUGUACCAACGGCUGAUCUGAGUCAUUUUGGCAAGACGUCCAUUUUUAAGGAGGAGGGAAAAAAAGAAGCAGUAAAGGCUGCCAUGAUUUUAUUCCCAGCGACUUAGGACGUGUAAAGCAGCCAUCACCGCGUGGAGGAGGAAACACUGAGAUUCAGCAGAUGGUGCGGUUUGAUGGGGGUUUUAUUUUCCCCUUUUUUAAAUUUGCGUCCAUCUUUCUUUGAACGACGCACGAGCUCGACGGGCCGCUUUAAGGGCGGGAUGGUAAUGGACAACAAAACAGAAAGGAGCUGCUGGGAUUUUUUGUUUUUGUAGCUAGCUUGGGCCUUAAGUCUCUUGUCGUUUGGUUUGGUUUUGAUUUGUUUUUAAAAAUGCCAGCUCGAUGUUCACUGAGUCUUGGGCUCGUCGGAUGGGAGGUGGCGUCAAAACAUGUCCACACACAUCGAUGAGAAAAUGGCCAGGAAACAACCCGAAGGAUUCGUUAUGAUCAAAUAACGGCGAUGAACCAUAAAAAGGGACGUGUAUGACACCGAUUAUCCUGUUUUCUAGCACUGUUUUGAGUAAUGACAUGACUGUGGGACUUCGAGAUGACUUUUUAAAAAUCUGUUUUUCAUUUGUUUAUCUUUUGCGUCUUCUCUCCUUCAAUUUUUUAUAGUCGGAUAUCAUCCACCUCGCUAUGUUUUAAAACCCGGACCAAUGCACUGAGGCUUGAUUUGUGCUCCAAUAAGACAGGACAGAGGUUUGAAGAGACUCUCGGAUCACUGUUGUGGUCGAGGCGACGACGCGCAUGCUGGGUUUUUAGACAUAAACAUUUUAAAGAGCUCGUCGGAAAAUCUCUCAUCCGCACCAACAUGCCAUCAGACAGAAAAUAAAAAGCAUUGUAGUCUGCCGUUUCUGCCUGCUGUGAUAUUACAACCUUAUACCUUUAUUCCCUGAGUAACAAGUAACGAUAACAGGCCUGUAGAUCUUCUUGAUAACACAAUAAUAAUAAUAAUAAUAAUAAUAAUAAUAAUAAUAAUAAUAAUAAUAAUAAUAAUAAUAAAUGCCGACACAAUAAUUCGUGCGUUCCUUUUUUAAUUCUGGCGCACACCAUACGCAUGUAGUGAAAGAUGUUCAAGAACCGGAUCCGCAUGUUUUUCAACGAGCUGAAGCUCCUGGUGUUCAUGCGAUCCGGUCCUCGGCAGCCUGGCGUGGACGCAGGCACAAGCAUGCGGGGCCUGGGCGCUAUGGGCGGCUGCGGGUGGCGUGCGUUUUCCCGCUGCACCGGCGACCACGACCACGACGCUGAGGAGUAUUACGGGAGUGAUGCGGGCGCGAGGCGGAGCACGGCGGCGGCUGGACUGGACGAGCGGGACGCGCGGAUGCACGCAAGUGCGGACUCCUUGUCCCUGAGCAGUGGAACCCGCACGCCCCAGUGUCGCAUCUGCUUCCAAGGACCUGAGCAGGGUGAGCUGUUGAGUCCCUGCCGCUGUGACGGCUCAGUGCGCUGCACCCAUCAGCCGUGUCUCAUCCGCUGGAUCAGCGAGAGAGGCUCCUGGAGCUGCGAGCUCUGCUACUUCAAAUACCAAGUGCUGGCCAUUAGCACCAAAAAUCCCCUACAGUGGCAGGCCAUCUCUCUGACCGUGAUCGAGAAGGUACAGAUCGCCGCCAUCAUCCUCGGCUCGCUCUUCCUCAUCGCCAGCAUCUCGUGGCUGGUGUGGUCGUCGCUCAGCCCCUCGGCCAAGUGGCAGCGGCAGGACCUGCUCUUCCAGAUCUGCUACGGCAUGUACGGCUUCAUGGACAUCGUGUGCAUAGGCCUCAUCAUCCAUGAGGGUUCAUCAGUCUACCGGAUCUUUAAGCGCUGGCAAGCUGUCAAUCAGCAGUGGAAAGUAUUGAACUAUGAAAAGGCCAAGGACCUGGGGGAGCCGAUUAGCUCGAGCAGUAAGGCGACGGCACGUGGCUCGCGCUCCAAUCCUCACAGCCUGGGCAGUGGCAGCAGGAGGAAUCAGCGCAUUCGGAGGCUCAGGACUAUCCUCAAUCACCACUGCGGCUACACCAUUCUGCACAUCCUGAGUCAGAUCAGGCCCAGUGAGGCACGCCUCGCCUCCAACUCCAACCGUGAGGUAGUCAUGAGGGUCACGACUGUAUGAGGCUGGGGGUGCACUCGCGCUGAGCUGCUGAGACACAGUGUGCAAAGACUCGUACUGAGCAGCAGCUGUGUCGUGACUCAUCAGAUGACGUCUCGCUCUCGUUUCCCGAGCUGAGUGAAACACGCACUUGUCAUAAAUGAGAAUUUUAACGUGCUGAAAAGGAACAUUGGAAUUACACGGUACAUAAAAAAGAAACACACAAGAAAGAGAACUGUCACACAAGCGCAUUUUUAUUUCGUCUCCUCUCUGGUGUCGUUUUAUACCACUAUGGUUUUUACUAUGUUUCAAUUUGUAAGGGCGUGCGGUUUUAUGAACGGACGCCGCUGUACUGAAUAUAACGGCUUAAAAAACGACAGUGAUGUUUACCGAUGCUUAAAUUGAGCAAGAGAUAAAAAAAAAAACAAAAAACUAAACAAUAAAACUAACCGUAACCAAACCGUGACAAAGGCACAACAACCAGGGAGCAAAGAAUUCUUUACAUAUACCAAUAAAUACAUUUAACAAGAAUAUCACGAAGGGUCGGGUGCAAUAAGGGAAACAAAGGGAUUAUACAGAGUGUUAAGUACAUUCAUAUUUAAAGGAUUGGAUUUUUCUCUGCAAUAAAGAUAC